CGCAUUGGUUUAUGAGAUGUCUUGCCGACUUUGCACGCGUCUUGUGCCGGGUUGGUCACUCUCUCUAUAGUCUACAAGGAUUUAUAACGAUGCUACACACAUCCUAUGAUCGUGGUUAAAUGAGAAGUAAAGGAGCACUUACCAGAUCAAGGCUAGCCUAUCGGCUCUCAACCAAAAACCGUCGUCGUGAUACGUAUGAUCAUUCUGACAGCUGCUGUGUAUACAGACACCGUUCCUUCGGUGCCACCUUCACGGGCAGAAAGGAGAGUGCACGUAUCCAACUCAAUCUCUGUCAUAAAUGUCUGGUCGCGCACGCGGACUUCAAAUGGCACGCACCGGUACGGGCCGUAGCCGCACUUGAUCCGAUGUUUGAACACACCGGAGAGACGCCGAAAUUAAGUCGGCGAGCAAAAUCCUGCGAUGAAAACUUAGCAAGAGCGUUGAGUCAGUUCAACUUCAACUUCACAAGAUCUACAUAGCGUAAUGGUCAUGAGACGGAAACAGAGUCCCGCUCCUCGGAAGACGCAUGCCGAUGCGGAAAUCCUCUUCGGGUACAAUGUAUCGCAGAUCUAAUCCUGAUUUCCCAAAGCCAUCAACACCGUUGCUUCGUCUAAAGUAUACCCAAUCGCUUUUAACCUCCGAUUCGUACCAGGGAACGAUUUCGGCACACGGUACGAUGUCAGCCUUAUCAAGG